AUGGCUGGUAUUUUCGAGGCUCCGCGGAAUGCGGACACUCUCUGUGAGCUUCUUCUCCCCUCUGGCGUCCCGUCUCCUGAACCCAUCUUGGGCGGACAGAAAAUCACUGGCUCCGAUGUCCGUGAGCAGAACGUUCUUGCCACGCAAGCCAUUGCAAAUGUCGUCAAGAGCUCUUUUGGCCCCUCCGGCCUGGAUAAAAUGAUGGUGGAUGAUAUCGGAGAUGUCACGGUGACCAACGACGGUGCGACCAUUCUGAGCCUGCUUGAUAUCGAGCACCCCGCUGGCAAGAUCCUUGUGGAUCUGGCUCAGCAACAGGAUAAGGAGGUCGGUGAUGGCACCACGUCCGUCGUCCUAAUUGCCGCAGAACUCCUCCGACGAGCCAACGAGUUGAUGAAGAACCGCAUACAUCCCACGACUAUCAUCACCGGUUACCGGCUAGCCCUCCGCGAGGCCGUCAAAUACAUGAACGAGAACAUCACCACGAAAGUCGAGACAUUGGGGAAGGAGAGCUUGGUCAACAUUGCCAAGACGUCGAUGUCCAGCAAGAUCAUUGGUGCUGAUGCCGAUUUCUUUGCGAACCUGGUGGUUGAUGCGAUGUUGUUGGUGAAGACGACGAACCAGAGGAACGAGGUCAAAUACCCGGUCAAGGCUGUGAACCUGCUCAAAGCCCAUGGAAAGAGUGGCACGGAGUCUAUGCUGGUGAAUGGCUAUGCUCUCAACUGCACGGUGGCUUCGCAGGCCAUGAAGACCCGGAUAACCGAUGCGAAGAUUGCCUGUCUGGAUAUGAACCUUCAAAAGGAGCGGAUGAAGCUCGGCGUUCAGAUUACGGUGGAUGAUCCCGAUCAGCUGGAGAAGAUCCGGGAGAGAGAAGCUGGUAUUGUUUUGGAGCGGGUCGACAUGAUCUUGAAGUCCGGAGCCAACGUCGUUUUCACAACGAAGGGUAUCGACGACAUGGUCCUCAAGCUCUUCGUCGAGCGGGGUGCCAUAGGCGUCCGCCGCUGCAAGAAGGAGGACCUUCGUCGCAUCGCUAAGGCGACCGGCGCCACUCUGGUGAGCACGCUGUCCGACCUGAACGGAGAUGAGAAGUUCGAGGCCUCGUACCUGGGACAUGCGGAGGAGGUUGUUCAGGAGCGAAUCUCCGAUGACGAGUGCAUUCUCGUCAAGGGCACCAAGGUCCACACCUCGGCUUCGAUCAUCCUGCGUGGCCCCAACGACUUCAGCUUGGACGAGAUGGAGCGUUCCGUCCACGACUCCCUCUGCGCCGUCAAGCGUACCCUGGAAAGCGGUAGCAUCGUCCCUGGCGGUGGUGCUGUCGAGACAGCCCUGCACAUUUACCUCGAAGAAUUCGCCGUCACCGUGGGCUCCCGGGAGCAGCUUGCCAUCGGCGAGUUUGCCCAAUCUCUCCUCACCGUUCCCAAGACGCUUGCUGUGAACGCUGCGAAAGACUCAUCCGAACUCGUCGCCCAGCUCCGUGGUCGCCACGCGCGCUCCCAGAGCAUCCAAGAGGGCGACCCCAACGUCGACGCCAAGACCGUCGCUAAGAUGAAGGCCUACCGGAAUUAUGGUCUGGAUCUGAUGAAGGGACGGGUCCAUGACUGCCUCAAGGCCGGUGUCCUGGAGCCUAGCAUGGGUAAAGUUAAGCAGCUCAAGAGUGCUGUUGAGGCUUGCAUUGCCAUCAUGCGUAUCGACACCAUGAUCAAGCUAGACCCCGAGCAGAAGCAGGAUGAUGGACACGGCCAUUAA